AUGGAUCUCUCCAACAUCUUCCGCAUUGUCAACAUCGGUAUCGGUGUUCUUAUGGUCCUCGGUGGUAUCUCUCAAUUCUUCCCUGCGGAAUUCGGACGUAUUAUCCUCGGUGCAUACGUGAUUAUUUUCGGACUCAUCGUUGCUGGCUUGGAAUUCCUGCCUCAGGUCCCUGACUAUGUUUACCGCUAUGGUUCUUUCCUCUUUUCCUUCCUCGGCCGUGGUGUUUUCUAUAUCUUCGUUGGCAGCAUCCUUCUGCACGACCACGUUUUGCGGAUAAUCGCUGGUUCUGUCAUCGGCAUCUUCGGUAUCGCUUAUGUUGCUCUCGAAUUCUUCCCCUCCAUCGAGCCUCCCUCCAACAUGCGUGAGACCGACCAGAGCUGGGGUGCUGAGCAAGUCUAA